AUGGUUAUCCCAACUAAGCCUCCUGCAAACCGCUUGGUUGCAGCAAUGCGGAAAGUCUACAACCCUAUUGGCUUCUCUCAUGGCUAUAACUUCUUCUUCUUCGUUCUCUUUACCUUCCCUCUCACUGCAUUCUGCGCCCUAAGCAUGCGUAAGAUCGACGUUGAUAAUGGCUUCUGUGGCAAGGGAGGCAGUCCCCCUGGCGAGUGCUAUUAUUAUUCAGUCGGACUACCCAGGAUUGGCAUGUACCUACAUUUGUCAGGAGUUCUUCCAGCCAGUGUUCUCGCAUGCUUUCAGUUUGUGCCCGUUAUCCGCCACAAGUUCAUACUGUUUCAUCGCAUCAGUGGCUAUAUAACCCUGAUUCUCAGCGCGAUCGGCGCUGUUGGUGGUCUUUUGAUCGCACGCAACGCUUUCGGCGGCGGGCUCGAUGUUCAAUCUGCGUCCGGCGCUAUCUUCGUGCUUUUCUUCGGUGCGCUUGUAAUGGCGUAUAUCAACAUCAAGAGACUACAGAUUGAUCAACAUCGAGCAUGGAUGUUACGGGCUUGGUUUUAUGGAGGGACGAUUCUUAUGGCAAGACUUCUUAACUAUCUCGUUGCGGAUAUUAUUUCGCAAAUUGGAGGCUAUUAUCUUCCAAAGCCGUGUGGGUGGUUGAAAUUUACCAUCGGAGAUACUGAUAGGCUACUGGCCCUCUACCCUGACUGCUCAGCUUGGCUCAGUGGAGAUAAUCUAGAGCAAGUGGCAGUUGUUCGGGCUGAUUCGAGAACCCCUACUUCAGCUGCAGAGGCUGUGGUUGCGCAUCACCUUCCGUUUGGUAUGUCCGUUUGGCUUGGCUUGUUCAUCAGUGGUGUUGUUAUUGAAAUCUACCUGCAUCUUACACCCAAGGAGGCAGAGAGACUACGCAUGGUGUCAUACCAGAGGCAGCUCGCUGCUGGGAUGAGGGAUCCCGGUAGUGCUGGACUGACUAGUGAUCGCCUGGGAGAUGCGGACCAAUGGUAUCCAAAGAAUAUCGAGCAAUCUGCUAUGUCUGGCGAUGACAACUCAAACAAGGAGCAGCCAACAGCUUCAACCUAA